GUGGUUCGGGCCCGCCCCUCGGCCGUGGUCCCAGGGGGCUGCGGACUACGGGUCCCGGCAGGCCUCGCGUUGGCCCCUGAGCCCCUGGCGCCGGGGGCUUCGGGCGGCCUGAGCCAGUGGCCUCUGGCGCUGCGCGGCACAGCUUAGCACCUGGCAGGUUGGCUGGCUCAGAGAAGUCUAGCUCGCGGGUUGGCCGCCCCACACACUGAGGCCGCAGCCGACCGACUGACAGACUCGGCCCUUCUCAGGCCCCCGGAGCCUAGGCGCAGAGCGGCCCGGACGCAAACUUCCGGACCUGCUGACUGGCUACCUGUUUGGUUUGCUGUGCUCUGUGUCAGCCAUGGAUUCCAAUCUCCAACAGGAAAUCUUGGUGGCUGAGCAAAAUUGUGACCCGAGAAACAGCAACUAAGCAUUUGGGAUGCUGACAAGAGGCUGGUGUAUACGCUAAGGUCUCCACCAUGGACCCAGACCCCCAAGCGGGCGUGCAGGUGGGCAUGCGCGUGGUGCGUGGCGUGGACUGGAAGUGGGGCCAGCAGGAUGGCGGCGAGGGCGGCGUGGGCACGGUGGUGGAGCUCGGCCGCCACGGCAGCCCUUCGACCCCUGACCGCACAGUGGUCGUGCAGUGGGACCACGGCACCCGCACCAACUACCGCGCUGGCUACCAGGGCGCACACGACCUGCUGCUCUAUGACAACGCCCAAAUCGGCGUCCGCCACCCCAACAUCAUCUGCGACUGCUGCAAGAAGCACGGGCUGCGGGGCAUGCGCUGGAAAUGCCGUAUCUGCUUCGACUACGACCUCUGCACGCAAUGCUACAUGCACAACAAGCACGACCUGGCCCACGCCUUCGAGCGCUACGAGACGGCCCACUCGCGCCCGUCAGGUCUGUCCUGAGCCAUUUCCUGGAGGAGUGACCAGGCUCGUGAUCACCCCAGGGGCCUGGGCAUUGACACCAGCCCUCACCCCCUACAGAAGGCGACUGUGUCCACCUAGCAGGGUCAUGCUGAGUCCCCGCCAGGGCCUCCCAAGGAUCCCGUUAAGGGGCAUCUUCCAAGGGGCGAAGGUGGUUCGGGGCCCCGACUGGGAGUGGGGCUCACAGGAUGGAGGAGAAGGGAAGCCAGGCCGAGUGGUGGACAUCCGUGGCUGGGAUGUGGAGACAGGCCGGAGCGUGGCCAGUGUGACGUGGGCCGAUGGCACCACCAACGUGUACCGUGUGGGCCACAAAGGCAAGGUGGACCUCAAGUGUGUGGGCGAGGCAGCUGGCGGCUUCUACUACAGGGAGCACCUCCCAAGGCUUGGCAAGCCUGCAGAGCUGCAGCGCAGGGUCAGUGCUGAUGGCCAGCCCUUCCAGCGUGGGGACAAGGUCAAGUGUCUGCUGGACACGGACGUGCUGAGGGAGAUGCAGGAAGGCCACGGCGGGUGGAACCCCCGGAUGGCCAAGUUUAUCGGACAGACGGGCACCGUGCACCGCAUCACAGACCGUGGGGACGUGCGUGUGCAGUUCAGCCACAAGACCCGCUGGACCUUCCACCCUGGGGCUCUCACCAAGCAAAACUGCCUGGUGGGUGAGGUGGUGCGGGUUAUCGACGACCUUGACACGGUGAAGCGGCUGCAGGCUGGCCAUGGGGAGUGGACUGAUGACAUGGCCCCUGCUCUGGGCCGCAUUGGGAGAGUGCUGAAGGUUUUCGGAGAUGGGAACGUGGGUGUGCUGGUCAGUGGGAAGCUGUGGACCUUCAGCCCCUCCUGCCUGGUGGCCUACCGGCCUGAGGAAGAUGCCAACCUGGACGUAGCUGGGCGAGCCCGGGAGAACAAAAGCUCCCUGAGCGUUGUCCUGGACAAGCUUCGAGCCCAGAAGAGUGACCUGGAGCACCCAGGGAGGCUGGUGGUGGAGGUGGCUCUGGGCAAUGUGGCCCGGGCUCUGGACCUGCUGCGGCGGCACCCGGAACAGGUGGACACCAAGAAUCAGGGCAGGACUGCCCUGCAGAUGGCCACCUACCUAGGCCAGGUGGAGCUGGUGCGGCUGCUGCUGCAGGCUCAGGCGGGCGUUGACCUGCCGGAUGACGAGGGCAACACAGCACUGCACUACGCAGCCCUGGGGAACCAGCCCGAGGCUGCCCGGGUACUCUUGAGCUCAGGUUGUGGGGCCAAUGCUCUGAACAGCACUCGGAGCUCAGCACUGCAUGUGGCCGUGCAGAGGGGCUUCCUGGAGGUGGUGAAGGUCCUCUGUGAGCGUGGCUGUGACGUCAACCUGCCUGAUGCCCAUGCUGACACACCCCUGCACUGCGCCAUCUCAGCGGGCACUGGUGCCAGCGGCAUUGUGGAGGUCCUCACCGAGGUGCCAGGCAUCGAUGUCACUGCCACCAACAGCCAGGGCUUCACCCUGCUGCACCACGCGUCCCUCAAAGGCCACACACUAGCUGUCAGGAGGAUUCUGGCACGGGCCCGGCAGCUGGUGGACGCCAAGAAGGAGGAUGGGUUCACGGCACUGCACCUGGCCGCCUUCAACAACCACAGGGAGGUGGCCCAAGUUCUUAUCCGAGAGGGCCACUGUGAUGUGAACGCUCGCAACCGUAAGCUGCAGUCCCCGCUGCACCUGGCUGUGCAGCAGGCCCACGUGGGGCUGGUGCCACUGCUGGUGGAUGCCGGCUGCAGCAUCAACGCGGAGGAUGAGGAGGGGGACACGGCUCUGCACGUGGCCCUGCAGCGCCACCAGCUGCUGCCUCUGGCAGCUGAUGGGGGCGCAGGGGACCCGGGUCCCCUGCAGCUGCUGUCCAGGCUACAGGCCUCGGGCCUUCCGGGCAGCGCGGAGCUGACGGCGGGCGCAGCGAUCGCCUACUUCUUAGCGCUGGAGGGCGCCGACCUGAGCUAUGCCAACCACCGCGGCCGGAGCCCCCUGGACCUGGCUGCUGAGGGUCGCCUGCUCAAAGCCCUGCAGGGCUGUGCUCAGCGCUUCCGGGAGCGGCAGGCUGGCGGCGGUGGCAGCGGGGGCUCGGCCCAGGGCCCAAGACUGGUGCUCAGUGCUCCGAACACUGUGACCAACCUGCAUGGGGCCGCGCCGACGGGGCCCGAGGCCGCCGAGUGCCUAGUGUGCUCGGACCUGGCGCUGCUGGUGCUGUUCUCGCCCUGCCAGCAUCGCACAGUGUGCGAGGAGUGCGCACGCAGGAUGAAGAAGUGCAUCAGGUGCCAGGUGGUCAUCAGCAAGAAGCUGCGCCCAGACGGCACGGAGGUGGUCAACGCAGCCCCCGCGCCCGGCCCGCCGCGGCAGCUGGUGGAGGAGCUGCAGAGCCGCUACCGGCAGAUGGAGGAGCGCAUCACCUGCCCGAUUUGCAUCGACAGCCACAUCCGCCUCGUGUUCCAGUGCGGCCAUGGCGCGUGCGCGCCCUGUGGCGCGGCACUCAGCGCCUGCCCCAUCUGCCGCCAGCCCAUCCGCGACCGCAUCCAGAUCUUCGUGUAGCCCGCGCCCCCCGCCUCGUUCCGGGGCCAUGCCCCGCGGCCACCCUCGCGAGCCCUUUCUCUGUGUUUUAUAAAAAGAUUGCUGGA